UUGUAUUGAUAACAGGCAUCAGCGGAACGCGUGGGGAGUGUUGCAUGUGACGGCGUCAAAUUUGAUUUGUGUAAAACGUCCCGAUUUUAAAUUGGUGUAAAUUUCAGUAAUUUCAAAGUGCUGUAAAGUUGAAUUGUCGGUGCAAGUGCAGUCCGCAGCCGUGUGAAUUGUGUUCUGAAGUGCCAUUGAAAAGCGUCUUAACCUCAAAAUGCGACAACGCUCGAAAUCUAUUUCUGUGCCCGCUGCGUCAUACGAGCAGAGUGAGAGCGAAAGUGAUUCAGACAUAAGUAUGGAAGACAGUAAGGUGAAAGAUAAAAAAAGUCAUAUUAACGAAUCGACAAACAAACUUUCAUGGCCAGUGGAGGAUCGUAUCUUAUUACUAUGCAAACUCAAAGGCUUAAUUCCGUGGAAUGAUAAUAUUCCAUUCGACGAAAGGUUGAAAGCUAUCAAUUGGAAUCAUGCUACGUUCAAAAACUAUACGGCACAGGAUGUCAAAGAAGAAUUCAACCAAAUUCUGAAAAAAGCGCGAACGUUUCGACUUCUGGAGGAAAUUAUCGAAGAAAAGCAUAAAGAAAUGAUACCAAAACUUGGAGUUGAAAAACCCGUUCCGGCCUUCGCCCUAUUUAUUAGAGAGAAUAAAGACCAAAUAGAACAAGCCAGCAAAUCCUUCUCGAAAAAAGGUUCAUUCACACAAGUGGCUGGAGACAUGUUCAAUAAAUGCAACGAAAAGGUUCGCGACGAAUAUAAACAUCAAGCAAACAAAAUGAAGGAAGAGUACCGUCGUACGAUGGCUGCAUAUGAAUUGCCCAAACAAUCACCCUCGUCGAAGAACAACAGUCAAUCAAAAACCAACAACCAGAAUAAGGAUGUCCCGGUGAAGUUAUUCAUCCAAACGAAACUGCUUGAGAAUCCAAAAGCGUCAAAACUCGCUCUCCGUCAAGAGUACAUCGGUCUACCAAAAAAUAAGAAGUUGAAAUGGAUCCUUCGAUGGUUAGGACUUGAGAAAGGUGCAAAGGCCAAUCUGAAACAGUAUCUGAAAUGUAAGGAGAUGUUAACAAAACAGGAAAUGGAGCUUUUUAAUGAAUACGAAGGGCGCCCCCGCAGUAUUACUGCUUAUCAUUUGUUCAUGAGGUCUAAACUCUCCAACAAAAUUUCUCCGGAUAUUAAAAACCGUGAAGCCUUUAAAGCAUGCGCCGAUGAAUGGAAAACUUUGCCUGAAGACGAAAAAGCAAAAUAUUUGUCAGAAGCAAAACAGAUUCGUAAAAAUUACACAGUUGAUAUCACCCGAUUUGUCUCUUCUUUGCCCACUGAUCGGCAUGAAUUUGAAAUCAAGGCUCUUUCGUCAAAGGAAGCGGGAUCGGGAAAGAUCCAAAGAUCUAAAUUAGAUGCUGGCAUUAAUGAUCAUAAAUCAAGCAACAAUACAUCUCGAUUUGAUCUGUACAGCGAUGAUAGCAACGAUGACUUUAGUGAGCAAGAUGAAGAUGAAACUGUUUUCCAGUGCAACACGAGCGUUUUGUUAGACCAAGGAAAUGACAAGGUGUCUUCUGAUGACGAUAGUGAAGACGAGGAUGCUUUGCAACAUAAAUCAUCGGAUAAAAUUCCACAAAAGAAAACUAAAAAUGAUACGCCAAAUCUUCAAAGUCCUACAAAACGAAGGUCAGAAAAGGAAGCUCCUAUCAAAAAAUCAGUUUAUGACAGUAGUGAUGAUGAUGAUGGUGAUGCUCUGGAUAUUUCACGUGGUCAGGGAAAAAGCAAGAACGUACUAUUAUCGCCACAGAAAUCAAGUGAACCCGCGGGUUACGAUUCCAAGAAGAACAAAAGGAAACACAAAGAUUUAAUCGGCCAGAGUCCGUUAGCAAAUAGCACCAUUAAAAAAGAAGAAACUGUCGCGAAAAAAGUUAAGCGCAUGAAAGAGGAAAGUAUCAGCCAGGGUUCGGAUUAUUCAUUCGACCUAGAGAGCUCUCAAAGCAGGAACAACUGCGGAGGCGAUAGGAGCGAUAAAUUGAAGAAGAAAUAUAAAAAGCUGCUUGCGAUCAAGCCACCAGAAACUCUCAUGGAAUAUUAUUCCGUUCAUCAUUUCGGUGGAUCAAUCAAAAAGGCCAAGAAAGCUUGGAACUUGCUGGACGAGGAAGCGAAAAGUGAGUGCUCCGAUCAAUUUGAAGCUGCAAAACAGAAAUAUAUCAAGAAAUUUAAGUUGUUUGCAAACGCAUUGACUGCAAUGGAACUAUCGCAGUUUUCAGAAGAAUUAGGAGCGAAUCAGUGAUUCGUUUAUUACUUGGGAAAAGUACAAGUAUCUCGUCUGUGAUAAUAAUUAGAAUUAAGCCUAAGAUUUUGUGUAAAUAAGGAAAGUCAUUUGAAAGGACUUUUAGAACUAUAAGUGAUCAAUAUAUAAGUUUUACAAAUA